AUGAGUGCAGAAGAAACUGAUCCACUUUUAGCUGCCUUAAAUGCUGAAAACGGAGAAGAAGCAGGAACAGAUGCUCAACCAGAGGCAGCACCAGUUGAUCCACAACGAGCACAAGCUUUACGAAAAUUCAAAGAGAAGUUGGUAGAUCAUAGGAAUUGGGAUGCUAAAUUAAAGCAACUUAGACUUCAUAUUCGAGAUUUAGAUAAAGAUUAUGAUAAAACUGAAAAUGAUAUUAAAGCAUUGCAAUCAGUAGGGCAAAUAAUCGGUGAAGUUUUAAAACAAUUGGAUGAUGAUAGAUUUAUUGUUAAAGCUUCAAGUGGUCCACGUUAUAUAGUAGGAUGUCGUAAUACAAUUAAAAAGGAAAGUUUAAAGAAUGGAAUUAGAGUAUCAUUGGAUAUGACCACAUUAACUAUUAUGAGAAUUUUACCAAGAGAAGUUGAUCCAUUGGUUUAUAAUAUGACUACAUUCGAACCAGGAGAUAUAUCGUUUAAUGGUAUUGGUGGUUUAACAGAUCAAAUUAGAGAAUUAAGAGAAGUCAUUGAAUUACCAUUAAAGAAUCCUGAAUUAUUCAUAAGAGUUGGUAUAAAGCCUCCUAAGGGUGUAUUAUUAUAUGGUCCUCCUGGUACUGGUAAAACUCUUUUAGCAAAAGCAGUAGCUGCUACUAUUGGAGCUAAUUUCAUUUUUUCACCUGCAUCUGCUAUUGUUGAUAAAUAUAUUGGUGAAUCAGCCAGAUUAAUAAGAGAAAUGUUUGCUUAUGCUAAAGAACAUGAACCUUGUAUUAUUUUUAUGGAUGAAGUUGAUGCUAUUGGUGGUCGUAGAUUCAGUGAAGGUACUUCUGCUGAUAGAGAAAUUCAAAGAACAUUAAUGGAAUUAUUAAAUCAAAUGGAUGGUUUUGAUACUCUUGGGCAAACUAAAAUCAUUAUGGCAACUAAUAGACCAGAUACUUUGGAUCCUGCAUUAUUAAGAGCUGGUAGAUUGGAUAGAAAGAUUGAAAUUCCAUUACCAAAUGAAGCUGGAAGAUUAGAAAUCUUUAAAAUUCAUACUUCUAAAGUUUCCAAACAAGGUGAAUUCGAUUUUGAAGCUUUAGUGAAGAUGAGUGAUGGAUUCAAUGGUGCUGAUAUCAGAAAUGUUAUUACUGAAGGUGGUUUCUUUGCCAUUCGUGAUGAUAGAGAUUAUAUACUUCAAAAUGACUUAUUGAAAGCUGUUAGAAAAGUAGCAGACGUUAAAAAGUUAGAAGGAAAGUUAGAAUAUGAAAAAUUAUAA